AUGAUUGCGUGUAGAUUACAGACCACUCGAGCCACUUCUGUAAUUCCGAUUGGUCAAUUACGGAUCAGUCUUGGCGAGUAUAAUCUAAAAGGACCGGAAGUUCCAGAAUCGAAAGAAGAAAGAGUAGUGAACGCUAUUCUGCACCCUGAUCAUAAGUGCGGAAAAUACAUGGACGAUAUCGCCCUUCUAGAACUUGCAAGGCCGAUUAUUUGGUCGGAUAGCGUGAAACCUGCUUGUUACCUGUGGCCACAGGAAAACCAGGGUAUAGCGCCUUCAACGGAGAACUCGCCAAGGCUGCUGGAUGGGGGUGGUUCGGCGAAGACAGGUCCAAAUAUAAACGUGCAGACAUAUUACAAAAAGUGGAAGUACGCGUGAUCGAGAACAAUAUAUGUCGUGAAUGGUAUGCCAGUCAAGGAAAAUCAACCCGUGUAGAAUCAAAGCAAAUGUGUGCCGGCCAUGAAGAAGGUGGUCGCGAUUCUUGUUGGGUAAGUAAAAUCUUCU